AAAACGAUAUAUUUGUUGUAAUGUUGAUAAAUCGGUUAGAGAUGAAACGGACUGGAUACAAACUAAAAAUUGAAUGUCCUAAGACCGUUGAUUGAAGAUUUAAAAUAUAUAAUGAAUGAAGGCAUCAACAAAACAUAUAAAGAUGAUACCGGUCGAGAAAUCAUCAUGAAUUUCAAAAUUUGUGUCAGUGCUGUUUGCGGUGAUAAUAAAGGAAUUUAUGAACUUCUUGGUUACCAUACACUGUUUACGGGCCAAACUUUCAUUUGCAGAAUUUGCGGAGCCAAAGCCAAGAAGAGCGAACUUGGACAUUGUAAAAAACCUAUAGAUUUUAAUUUGGUUUUUUAUCAAGAUGUUCUUGAAAAGGAAAAAUCUUGUCCUAAAGCGUCACUGAAGGAUUAUGGGCUCCAAGAAAUAUGCAUAUGGGAAGAAUUGCCCGGUCUAUGCCUUUCAAAUAUUGCCCCCCUCGAUUGUAUGCAUGAUUUUGAUGAAGGCAUUUGUGAAAACAUUAUAUUUGCCAUCAUCAAAAUAAAUAAAAUCGAUACCUCCCGAAUCGAAAGAGCGAUGAAGGAGAUUCAAUACCACGAGGACAGAGUCAAAAUAAUAGGCUCACAUCGUGGAAAUUUAUCAACCUUCAAACUCAAAGGGACAGCAGCAUCGAAAUUUGAAUUUUUUUGUCGUUUCGAUGAAUUACUCAUCAAACUCUCAAGUCCUUUAAUGCCAGAUACAAUCGCAUACAGAUUGUAUACGAAUGCCAAAGAAUUUGCACAACUUUGUCAUAAGCAUCAAUUGGAUGAGGGAGAUAUUCAGAAAUUGAAAACAUGUGCAACAAUCAUUGUUGAAUCUUAUUCCGAUAAAUUAAUUGGUCUCAAUCUAACACCUAAAUUCCACAACAUCCUGCAUUAUUGGCAGGAUGCGGAAAAAUUUGGAGCAAUUUAUCGCAACUCGUCAUAUAAAUAUGAGCGAGUUCAUCAAAGCAAUAAAAGAUCUAUUGCUUCAUCAAAAAAUAUGAUAAAUCCGUCCUAUUCAAUGCUAAAUUAUGCACAAAGAAAAAGGGCGAUACAUUUAUCAAAAGAAAA